UGAAAAUCUAUUGUCUUUAUUACAAUAUUUUUACCAGCGUGUGUAUGUUAGAUGCAAAAUUACUAGAUUAAAAUAAGAUAUAGGGAAAUUUGACAAUUGCGUCAUGAAAUACAUUAGAUUCAAGUGUAAUCGUUGAUGUUUGGUUAUCAUAUAUUCUACAAAUCCUACGUAAUAUAUUGUCAACAUCAAUGUUUAUGGCGGGAAUCUCGAAAUGUUGAAUGUUUCUAAUUAGAUAUAAAUAUGUCGCAAUCGAUCUUAAAGAGCAGCUUAGAAAAUGCUUCAUUCAACAUCAUAUUUCAGAUAAUAUGUCGCUGUGUUACAUUUGUUCUAAAUGCUUUUGUGGUACGUCAUGUUGGACAAGCAAUUUUGGGUGUAAUCAAUGUGAGAUUACUACUUUUAGAAUCUAUGAUAUUAUUCUUAUCUCGUGAACCAUUUAUGAAGGCAUGUUUAACCAAUACAUCUGAACAUAACUGGGCUCAAGUUGUAAAUCUACUUUGGAUAACAGUACCAAUUUGCAUUGUAAUGUCUUCACUGUUUGGAUAUAUUUGGCUCUUUUUUUUAUCAACUUCUGAAAGUUUACCUCCUUACUAUACAUUUGCAGUAUGGGCAGUGGCAUUAUCUUGUAUCAUAGAAUUAUCAUCUCUAAUUGUACAAUUAGUUGCCAAUGCAUUCCUUUUUGUUAAACUUAAAGUUGUGCUAGACACAAUCAUGAUUACUAUCCGUACUUUAACGUUUGUACCAUUAAUACUUUACUAUCCAGAAAAUGCGUUAUUUGCUUUUGGCAUAGCACAAUUAGUUGCAGCAAUAUUUUAUACGACUAGUUAUUAUGCAUAUUUUCAUUAUUACAUUAAUAGUAUAACUAAGUUCAAACAAAAAAGAAGAAUAUCCUUGAAGGAUAUGAAUGAUGAAUAUAUUUCAACAGAGUUUCCAUUUCGAACAAUAAAGGAUUUUUUGCCUGGUCAAUUAGAAAAUAGUGACCCAUAUUUAGAUAAAAAAUUGACUAUAUUAACAUGGAGUUUCUUUAGACAAGGAAUUUUAAAACAAAUUUUAACAGAGGGUGAAAGGUUAAUCAUGACUGUUAUACCAGUACUCUCAUUUACCGAACAGGGCACGUACGAGGUUGUCAACAACUUGGGUUCUUUGGCUGCAAGAUUUAUUUUUCGUCCAAUUGAAGACAGUGGAUACUUUUAUUUUACACAAAUGGUUAAAAGAGAUAAAUCUUUAUUGGAACAAAAUCCAAUAAAAGUUCAAGAAAGUAUAAAUGUACUUACACAUAUGUGCUCAGCUGUUACAGCUAUCGGCUUUAUAAUUUUAGUAUUUGGACAAUCUUAUUCAAGUACAUUACUUUGGUUAUAUGGUGGUACAAAAUUAACAUCAAAUUUACCAGUUCUCUUAUUGAGAGCACACUGUUUGGCUAUAUUAUUACUGGGUAUCAAUGGUGUGACUGAAUGUUAUACAAAUGCAACAGCUGAUAGUGCAACUAUAAAUAAGAACAAUUUGAUAAUGAUUUAUGAAUCAGUAGCAUUUUUGGGUGCAUCUUAUUUAUUUGUUAUUUGGUUUGGACCGGUUGGUUUUAUUCUUGGAAAUUGUUUUAAUAUGAGUCUGAGGAUUGUGCAUUCAAUGAUAUUCAUUAAUAAACGUCAUUCUGGCACAAUUCACAAUCCUUUACUUGGACUAGUACCAAAACGAAUGUUCUCUAUUACAUUACUACUAGCUGCAGUUAUCACAAACUUAUCACAUGUCUAUUUCUUCCCUGAUGAAAAAAUGUUGCAUUUGUUAAUUGGAUUCGUAACAUUUAUAAUGGUUCUUAUUGCAUGGAUAUAUGAAAAUUAUGAAUUAAUUAAACUUGGUGGUAACAAGUGGUAUGAAAGGAAAAACAAAUAUAAAAAGAAUGAUUGACCUUAAAUUCCUAAAGUGUAAAUAUUUUAUUAGUACUUGCAUCCUUUAAAUAUUAGAUUGCAAUGCAAUUCUAUAAUCUUAUAAAAUCAUAAUAGUAAUUUUUAUUUCCUAUACUUUGAAAGAGAUAAUCUUAUAAGAUAAUAUUGUUGAUUAUAACAUAAUAGGCAUAUAAUUAUCUUCCUUUCUAUGUAUAAGAAUAAGUAACAAAAUACAUCAUACUUUAUAA